UGCGAAUUGAUGAUAAAUAUAGGACUUAUUUGAACAUCUUCCGUGGUCGACCAUGCAGCUGCCUAAUCAAACAAAACUGAAUCAUGGCCGAUGCUUGUAAUUUAGGUGCAGUGGAAUCCAUCCAUCUCAACUGUGGGUAGUUUCUCUUCCUCCGUUCCUUACUACUCUGAGCUGACUGAUCGAAAUCACUGCAACCUCUCUCGGUUACGGCCGGAAACAAUGGAGAAGGCGAACAAGAACAAUCUGCCGGAGAUUACACUGGACGGCAUCAUGGAAAUGCUCAUGAAGAAGGUCGAAGCUAAUGAGGAUGGCAAAAAGGUGAUACCUUUGGGGUUGUGUGAUCCCACGGUUUAUUCAUGCUUCCACUCUCCUGCUCUGGCUCAACAAGCUGUUUCUGAGACUCUCUUUUCCGGCAAGUUCAAUGGCUACGCACCCACCGCCGGCCUCCCUCAAGCCCGAGAGGCAAUUGCAGAGUAUUUGUCCGGCGACCUGCCGGAAGAGGUGUCCGCCGACGAUGUAUUUGUGAGCGCCGGCUGCACUCAGGCCAUUGAAAUCGCUGUGUCUAUUCUUGCGUUCCCUGGCGCUAAUAUCUUGCUUCCAAGACCAGGGUUUCCGGUUUAUGCGCUGUGUGCCGCUUUUAGGCACCUGGAAGUAAGAUAUUUCGAUCUUCUCCCGGAGAAAGAGUGGGCGGUGGAUCUGGAUGCAGUCGAGUCUCUGGCUGAUAAGAACACAAUUGCAAUGACGAUUAUAAACCCCGGAAAUCCAUGUGGAAAUGUCUAUACUUAUAAACAUCUAAAACAGAUUGCAGAAACGGCAAAGAAGCUGAAACUCAUUGUGAUAGCAGACGAAGUGUACGGGCACCUAGCAUUUGGGGGUACCCCUUUUGUGCCAAUGGGAGUUUUUGCGUCCAUUGCUCCUGUGCUUACUCUCGGCUCCUUGUCCAAGAGAUGGCUAGUGCCGGGAUGGCGCCUUGGUUGGCUAGUCAUCAAUGAUCCUGGUUGUAUGAUUAAAACCCCCAAGUUUGUAGGCCGCAUUAAGAAGUACUUCGACAUUUGUGGUGGUGCUGCCACAUUUAUACAGGCAGCUGUUCCUCUUAUAAUUCAGCAAAAUGAAGAGGUUUUCUUUAAGAAGACAGUUGCAAUGUUAAAGCUGACUUCGGAUAUGUGUUUCUAUAAGAUUCAGGAGAUUCCUUGUCUUACAUGCUCACAUAAACCACAUGGAUCAAUGACUCUAAUGGUACAACUGAAUUUAUCCUUGCUAAGAGACAUAAGUGAUGAUAUUGAUUUCUGCUUCAAACUGGCCACAGAAGAAUCGGUCAUUGUUCUUCCAGGAUUGGCUGUGGGUCUCAAGAACUGGGUUCGAAUUUCUUUUGCUGCAGAACCAUCUUUCCUUGAAGAAGCACUGGAAAGGAUAAAGUCUUUUGCUCAGAGGCAUUCGUAUGAAGAAUAUGGGAGCUAUUAGAGCACAGAUGAAGCCUACCUUUUAUACAAUGUAAUAAUUGUAGCUUAGUUUGAUGCACAUCCAAAUAGUGUUACGUUAUUGCUCCAGAACUUCUACUCUUUUUCUCUUAAUUACACUCGAUAAUAAAUAAUUUCGCUUCGUGUACAUGUCCGGUGACACGUCGCCUUACACACUCAAGUGUAAUUGUUUGUGCAGAUAUAAUUACCCCUUUUAGUAAAGGGAAGUGUGAUCCUGAAUUAUUUGUGCACAAACAAUUCAUUUUUGGAGCCACAUACACUUUUCUUUACUAAACUCAAGUGUAAUUGUUUGUGCAGAUAUAAUUACCCCUUUUAGUAAAGGGAAGUGUGAUCCUGAAUUAUUUGUGCACAAACAAUUCAUUUUUGGAGCCACAUACAUUUUUCUUUACUAAACUCAAGUGUAAUUGUUUGUGCACAGACAAUUACACUUGAGCGUGUAGACCGACGUGUAACUGGGCGUGUACACGAAGC